AUGAAGCCCAAAUCAAUACUGAAGAAGAGCACUAACAGUAGCAACUCAUCAUCACCACCCGUCAAUCCUCGCGACCAGCGCAACCUCGACAUAGCCCUCCACCAUGCCCGCCUCAUUCAGCAACAGAAGGACGCCGAAGCCCAGAUACUCGAAGCCCUAGAAGCCCUCCUCGAGCUACCAUCAUCUCCACAAGCUGACCCAGCGCACCCCUCUGAAGGCGAUGUAGUACAGUUCAAGAGCCUGAUUACGCCAUUCCAACCAAGCGACUACGACUCCCUGAUCGAAGAACGGCACGCCGCGGACCUGUGCGGCUAUGCGCUCUGUCCACGACCACCGAAGAAAGACAAGUUGGGCGGAAAGAUGCGCAUAGUUCCCGGUAGCAGCGACGGUAGUCCAGCCAGAAUCGUGCCACGGAGCCAGCUCGAGAUUUGGUGCUCUGAAGACUGUGCACGGAGAGCGCUCUAUGUCAAGGUCCAGCUUAAUGAGGAGCCUGCGUGGACGAGGCGAGGCGGUUUGGGUACCGACAUAUCUCUCAUGGUUGAUCAGCCGGAGGCAGCACACACAAUGGCGUUGCCUAUCAGAAGCAAGAAGCCUCUUCCCGAGGACCUUGUUCAGGAGAACAUGAGCCAGGAUAUGGCGGCUCUAGCCCUCGAAAGGGGCGAAAAGCCUACUUCCGGGAAUCCCUUCCGCCUCCUCAGUAGCGAUGUAGCCGAAAAGAUGUCAGUCAAGCCGCCAGUAGCUCCAGGCUCUCAUGGGAAGAACGAUACCUCAACACACUCAGCCAUCGAGGGGUACGAGCCUAAGACAGGCAAACCCCCAAUAGCGAACCACAAAGUCGACGAAGACGACGACCAGGAUUGGGGUAUAUGA